GGUUUAGUUUGGAUUUUUUUUUUUCUUUUUUUUUUUUUUUUUUUUUUUUUUUUUUUCUAAUCAUACCAUGUUAUCAAGCUGACUGACUUCCUUACCACUGCACCGAUUCCUUAACUAAGGAGCUGAUUGAGACGCCCACAGAGAUUUGGUUUGGAUUUAUUAUUCUGUCUCUUAAUUCGUCCCAUCUUAAACAUGAGUGUCCUAACGCAGAAAAACUCCCGGGGAAGCAGCUGAGAUCCACGUGUCACAGUAUUAUAACGAUGGCGUUAAUUAAAGAGGAGAGUGAAGACAUUAAGAUUGAAGAUGCAAUCACAGCGAAACAAGAAGAUGCUGAAGAACAAACAGACCUGAUUGCACUGAAAGAGGAGACUCAAGAACUGGAUGAAACGGAAGAGAAAGAUCACUGUGAGAAACAUCAUGAUUUUGUAACUGAAAAGCAUAAUCGCUCGCAGACUAAAAAAAAGGUUUCCUUACAAAAAAGAGCUCAAAAGACAGGAUCUAGAAGUCGUUUCACCUGCAAACAAUGUGCAAAAAGUUUCAGUCAACAUGAACAUCUUAAAAUCCACAUGAGAAUUCACACUGGAGAGAAGCCCUUCACCUGCCAACAGUGCGGAAAGAGUUUUGACCAAAAACGAGCCUUUACAGUCCACAUGAAAAUUCACACUGAUAGCACAUUCACCUGCCAACAGUGUGGAAAAUGUUACAGCAGAAAAGAAAACCUUAGGUACCACAUGAGAGUUCACACGGGAGAGAAGCCUUUCAUCUGCAAACACUGCGGAAAAGGUUUCACUCGAAGAGGAAGCCUUGAAAGCCACGUGAGAAUUCAUACUGGAGUGAAGCCUUACACAUGCUCUCAGUGUGGAAGGAGUUUUACACACAGACCAACUCUUAACGCCCACAAGAGAAUUCACACUGGAGAGAAGCCUUACACGUGUUCUCAGUGUGGAAGGAGUUUCGAUCAACUUGGGAACCUUAAUGUCCACAUGAGAAUUCACACUGGAGAGAACCCUUUUUCCUGCCCGCAGUGUGAAAAAAGUUUCAGUCGAAAAGGAAACCUUGAAGUCCACAUGAGGAUUCACACUGGAGAGAGCCCUUACACCUGCCAACUGUGUGGAAUAAGUUUCACUCAAAAAGGAAACCUUAACAUUCACAUGAGACUACACACUGGAGAAAAGCCGUUCACGUGCCAACUGUGUACAAAGAGUUUCACAUAUCGGAGAGACCUGAAACGGCAUUUGCAAAUCCAUUCUGGGAAGAAAUCGCAGCGGCGCCCAGUGUGGCAAGAGGUUUACAAAAUAGAGCAAUUUUAAAAAUCAUAUGCGCAUUGACUGUGGAGGAAGAAGAAUGUGAUUUUGCUCAGUGUAAUAAUUUCAUUUGCCAUCACACAGAUACACCUGAAAAAAUGCAGAUGGGCCAAUAUCACCAUAGAGUGCCUUUCAACCCUCACAAUACUCAAAAAGUUUGGUUUUAAUUUCCCAUUCGCUUUGUCAUGUCAUUAAAAGAAGACGCUCAAGUACUAUAGAAACAUAUUAGCUGAGCUCCCACACAUUUUUUUUAGAUAAAUAUGGGCCAUUAUUUGAAGUAUAAAUCAUAAGAUAUGUCCACCCUGUCAUGGACACACAUAUUACUGUUAAAUAUGUUUUAAUUGCAAAAUUAAGAUGCAAAUUAUAUACAUUAUAGGUAUGAUGUCCCUUCCCUAAAUAGGGUUAUUUGUUUGCCUUCAAAUUAUAAACACAUAAAAGAUUUUAUGUAAACCAUGUGCUUUUAAAGAAACACAAUUCGCACAUUUAUUUUUUCUUAUUUGGAGAAAACGGAUAUUUGGAUGCAGUUUUUUUGUUUGCAUGUUAUUGCCCCCACACCUAGCUAUUGAACACUGGAUUAUAUAGAUAUGAUUGAAUUAUUUAAAAUAUUAUUUUAAAAUAUCAGGAUGACAGGGUGGACACAAAGCAUGACCAAAAAAAUGACAAUGAAACAUUUAUUUAACUUAAAAUAAUAAAAUUAUAUUCUUCGUCAAAAUGGUUAUACCCCCCCCCCAUUCAUUUUAGUUUAAUUUAUAUCAAUUCAGUACAUCUUAACUAAAAACUUCACGUAAACACCACAUUAUGAACAGAGUGAAACACACUUCUGAAAAGAAAUAUAGAUAUACAUUCACAAACAAUAACAAUGGCAACUCCACUGUUGUCUUGGCUUUAGCCCAAAAAACAAAUACAACCAGCUUAAGCAUACUUACCCUUCAUUAAAUUUGAGUGUUAUGCUGCAUCCUCUUCCCCGUCAAACCCAAUGUCCACUCCAUUCACGGAUAUGUUGGACUAAGGUCGAUGACUGAGUAUGUCAUGCAUAGCUUCAAAAUAUGGGAAAGAUGAAGGAUUAGAACCAGGGUUCCCACGAGUCCUUGAAAUCCUUGAAAGUUUGUGAAUCUGUAAAUGUUUUUCAAGGCCCUGGAAUGUUUUUGAAAAUGAACAUACAUGGAUACAGGUCCUUGAAAGUGCUUGAAUUUAUUUUGUGCAAGAAGAUUUCUGGAAAAGAAUCCAUAUUAUUCCCUCCGGUCCGCUACUGUUAUUUUGCCAACACCUCGUAGCCUAUGCAUACUAACUUGCUUGAUUUCCGUUAGUUACGUGCAUUUACGCAUUAUGUUAAGUGUUUCCUGUGUGAGGUACUUUGUGCUGUAUGUUGCCUUGACGUUCACGUGUGCUUGAAACUACUGCAAAGGUACCUCAACGUUUCACUGACACCAUGAAAUUAAUGUUGAAUUGCUUUUCUUGUUAAGAUGCAAACCCAUGAGGCAAGAAAAACUUAUUCAUAUAUCUUAAAACUUCUGGUUACAUAUGCCUAAGCUCUUUUCACAGAGAAUGUUAAUUUUGUAAAGUCAGAAAGAAAUUGUGUAGUGCAAUUGAGCAAUUUUGGCAAGAAUGAUUCUUAUUUAUUACAUUCAGCGUAAAUGACGAAUGAUAAUGAAUAAUGUAUUGACAGUAACAAGGUCACACGUUGAAGCUCACGCAGCCGGUGUGUGUGUGUGAGAGAGAGAGAAUCUCAUGGAGAAAUCAAAACAAAUGAGCACAACUGCACAGACAACUGAAAGAACAAACAUACUGUGGUAAAAAUCAAGUUUUUAUAUUUAUACCAUAUGAUGUAGCCUAGUUAAGCAACAUGAGACGACCAAGAGAGCGCUGAUUCCUGAAUAUCAGCACAAGUGCAGAUUUGACAUUGAUUUUAUUCAUUCAACAGUAAUAAUCAUCCACUAAUCUCCGAGCAGCACACAGCGGUGUUUUGUUACUGAAUGAUUCAGUGCUUUUGAAUCAGUCAUUUGAGUCAAUGAUUCAGUGAUCCAUUCAAAAAAGUCAGCAUUUGCUUGAUUGUUAAAUGAAUCAGCCAUCAGAAUGUAUUGCUUGAAUUAAUGAUUUACAUGUUCACUAAUUAACACAGUCACUUGACGCCACCUACUGGUGGUUUAUUCUUAUAUUUUAACAGAAAGUUGAGUUGAAGGAAAAAGUGUGGAAGAAAAAGAUGCACAACCAACCGAGAGAACCGCAGCCUUAUGAGGAUUGUCAAGCACAA